AUGGUUUCCUCCACCAAAAUCAAAUCCGUUGAUUUCUACAGGAAAAUCCCGAGAGAUUUGACAGAGGCGUCUCUAUCAGGUGCUGGGUUAUCCAUUGUAGCUGCUCUCAUCAUGAUGCUUUUGUUUGGAAUGGAGCUGAGUAGUUAUUUGGAAGUCAACACUACAACGGCUGUCGUAGUUGACAAGAGCGCUGAUGGAGACUUCUUACGCAUUGAUUUCAACAUCAGUUUUCCUGCUCUUUCAUGUGAAUUUGCAUCCGUUGAUGUGAGUGACGUAUUGGGAACAUAUCAUCAGAGAAUGUUUCUUUCUAGUUAUAUGAUACAGUAUAUGAUGUACUUACUGCCUUUAACCGAGCUGGGGCCUAGGGGCACUGGUGCAGAAUUCCACUCUGGCCUUGCGUUACAUAACAUCAACUAUGGAGAAGAAAUCCAUGGAGAAGAAAAUAAAGAAGAGUUUCCUGAUGGUGCCAUACCAUUAACCAAUGGCAGUUUUGAAGCGUUUUCACAUCACUUUCCAUUAUUGAUUGUUAACUUUUAUGCACCGUGGUGCUACUGGAGUAAUCGUCUGAAACCGUCGUGGGAAAAAGCAGCUACUAUUAUCAAACAGAGAUAUGAUCCUGAAGCUGAUGGGCGUGUUCUUCUAGGAAACGUUGAUUGCGUUGAAGAAGCUGCGCUUUGUAAGAGGAAUCAUAUACAAGGCUAUCCAUCUAUUCGGAUUUUCCGCAAAGGCAGUGACCUUAAAGAGGACCAUGGACACCACGAACAUGAAUCUUACUAUGGAGAUCGGGACACAGAUAGUAUAGUUAAGAUGGUGGACGGACUGGUCGCACCUAUCCACCCCGUGACUCACAAGCUAGCUUUGGAAGGUAUAUCCAAUGAUACAGCGAAACACCUUAAAAAGGCACCAGUUACAGGAGGAUGUAGAGUUGAAGGUUAUGUGCGUGUAAAAAAGGUUCCAGGAAACCUUGUUAUCUCAGCUCAUUCAGGAGCUCAUUCGUUCGAUACUUCUCAAAUGAACGUGUCUCAUGUUGUUACCCAUCUUUCAUUUGGAAGGUUGAUGUCUCCUAGGUUGUUGACCGAUAUGAGGCGAUUGUUGCCAUAUCUUGGCCAAAGCCAUGACAGGCUCGAUGAGAAAGCGUUCAUAAAUGAACAUGAGCUUGGUGCCAAUGUUACUAUCGAACACUACCUGCAAAUAGUCAAAACUGAAGUCAUUACAAGAAAAUCCGGUCAAGAACAUUCGGUGAUCGAGGAAUAUGAAUACACCGCUCACAGCAGCGUGGCUCAGACUUACUACUUGCCCGCUGCAAAGUUUCACUUUGAGCUCUCUCCCAUGCAGAUUAUGAUAACCGAAAACCCUAAGUCCUUCUCACACUUCAUCACAAAUCUUUGCGCCAUUAUUGGUGGUGUUUUCACGGUUGCGGGAAUACUAGAUUCGAUUUUCCACAAUACAGUAAGAAUGAUCAAAAAGGUCGAACUCGGGAAAAACAUUUGA